AUGGCCGAUAGCGACAGACGGGCCAAACGGUCUCGUUUCGACCAGACGGAGCCUGAGCCAAAACGCCAGUCUCGAUUUGAUAGACGUUCGCGUUCGCCCUCAGCUCGGAUCUCAGAGCCGGUGCGAGAUCGUAGCCCAAUAAAUCGUCGGCCUAGCCAGGGAUCUGAGGAUGCAAGCAAGCCUGCUACUCCCUCAGACCCUGCGGCAGCUGCUGCUGCCGCGGCUGCCAAAAUAAAGGAGCAGAUACAAGCAAGACAAGGCUACCAACAAUCCUCCACCCCGCCAGGACGAUCUAUCUCUAGUCCUUCCAGCAAGGCAUCGUGCUCGGUCGCCCAUAUAAAUGGUGAAGUAUACAUGGCAGACGGCGAUUAUAUCAAAGACAUCGAAGUCAAUGAUCUCCGAAACCGAUAUACUAUAACUAAAAGCACUACACAAAAGAUGAUUAAAGAAGAAACCGGCGCCGAUGUCACCACUAGAGGAAACUAUCUUCCUGAUAAAAGCAUGGCAACCCCUUCGAACCCGCCGCUGUACCUGCAUGUGACUAGUAGGACGAAGGAAGGCCUGGAACAAGCCAUCAAGAAAAUUGAAGAGCUCAUGAAACAGGAGCUUCCUAACCUCGUCGACGAACGGAGAUUCCGUCGGAGGGAGCCCCCUGAGCCUGUUGAGAGAGACGAGUUUGGUCGCCGUAAAUGGCCCGAGGAACGUAUUCCUAUCGAUUUGGAGCCCAUCCCUGGCUUUAAUCUACGCGCACAGGUUGUUGGCCAGGGCGGCCAAUAUGUCAAGCAUAUCCAGCAAAAAACCCAUUGCCGUGUCCAGAUCAAAGGCCGUGGUUCUGGAUUUAAAGAGCAUGGCACUAACCAAGAAAGCGACGAGCCAAUGUAUUUGCAUGUUGCUGGACCCGACCCAAAUGAAGUCCAAAAUGCUAAGUCUUUGUGCGAGGAUCUACUUGGUAAUGUCAAGGAACAGUAUGAAAAAUUCAAAGAAAAUCCACCACCGCAGCGAAACUAUCACGGCGGUGGGGGAUAUGGCCACCGUGAUCGCCAACAGUACGGCCUGGGUUAUUCAUCUGGAGGUGGUGGCCCUCAUAGUGGAGGUGGAGGAUACAAUAGCCAUUCCUCCCCUCAAACACCAUCGGGGAUGAGUCCGCCAUCGCAAUCUGGUCCUGGGACGACGCCUACUCCAUCAGCGGGUGGCUCUCAGGCCGACUACAGCGCCCAAUAUGCCCAGUAUUACGGAGGACAAGACCCCUAUGCUGCAUAUGGUGGUUAUCAAAACUACGUUGCAUAUUACCAAUACUACCAGCAACAAGCUGCACAGCAACAGCAGCAACAGCAUCCGGGAGCUCCUGCACCUCCACCUCCUCCCCCUGACUCUGCAGCACCUCCACCACCGCCGCCUCCGCCCUCAUCAGAAACACCGCCCCCUCCUCCUCCACCUCCAUCCGGAGGAUAUAAUUCAGUUCCUCCGCCACCCGGCCUAUAA